ACGGAAGCUUCCAUCCUCCAGCCCAUUGUCAGUGGUAAUUAGCAGAAGUGCCGUCACCUGGAGAUAAAAGAGGCAGCAUCUGUUUGAGGAAGUAUUACUACUCAGAUGGCUUCCAGGCCUGGCCAGAGGAGACUUGGAAGAUGCCUAGAGAGCUCAGACUCCCUUCUGCUGAGGGAUCCCAGCCCCCUGGAUGAGCUCUCUCACAGCGCCUCCUGGUGGGCGGACAGGGAGGAGCACAAAGAGCAAGGAGACCCACUGAGGGAGCAGCUGAAAGAGAUGGACGAGCACGUGGCCAGGCUGCAGGACAUGCUGCGGUGCGAACGGGUCAAGUGCACUCAUCUGCAGCUGCGGUGUAACCAGCAGGAGGCAGAGCUGAGGCGUCGAGAGCAACACAGCAACAGACUGAAGGAGCGGCUGUCACAGCUGCCUGACAGACACAGAGAGAAAGGACCCUCCAUAGAGGUGUUGAACUUUCCGCACGGAGGUCAUGGCAAAAGAGAAAAACCGAACAAAUCAUUCAGGCCUGCCGCAAAACGGGAGGAGGCAACGCUGCGUCUGAUGCUGGAGCGCAGAGAGGCGGAGCUCAGAGAGGCGAUGAAGCUGCGCCACAGCCUCACCACUCUGCUUCAUGCACUCAGAGUCGACAUGGAGCGUACCCUGUCGGAUGCAGCGGGUGUUCAGGAUGAGGCCCAAACUAAAGACAAAAGGCUAGAUCAAGCUGAGGUGGCGCUCGGUGACCAUGUAACUGGAGGUGUGGUUCAGAGUUGGAGGCAGGUGCAGAGGAGACUGGAUGACUUCCUGUCUGAAGGCCACACUGGUGUUGGUACCGACCAUGACAAGCUCCUGGCUCAACUAGAGACUGACCUGAAGGAGAGUCAGCAGCUUGUCAGAGUACAACAGCAGCUGCUGCAGGACAGCGUUGCUUCGUCUGUCCCUUCUGGACUGGCUGAUUCUUACUUUUUGGAAGAGUGGGAACGUCUUCAGGUGCGCUGGGCAGAGCUCGAUCAUCAGAGGCGGACUUUUGAAAGGGAGCGGCAGUGCUUCACUGACGCUGCCAUUCGACUAAGUCAUGAGCGGUGUGAUUUUGAGCAACAAAAGGCCUCUCUGGUGAAGCAGCAGUACCUGUGUGACUCACCCCUAUAUGGUAAAGAAGCAUCGAGAAACAACAGGAGAGAGGGCUCUGCUCUUAAUUUCUCAGGUUUGGGCCCUACGAGCAUAUCGGGCUGUCUUCCCAUUACUCCAUCCUCCACCCACUCGGGGGCAGCUGUUGUUUCUGCAUUACAUCAGAGAAAAGUUCAAACCCCCAGCACCCCUGAGCUCUACUCUGCCCUCAAUCUGUCAUACAACUGCAGAGCCAGUGAGGUCGAUCAUCUGUCAGGGACAUGGGACAGCCUAGCAGAUGGGAUGGUGCACUUGCCGAGGACUCAACACUUGGACUACAAUUUUGAUGAUAGGUGGUGAUGAAAAAUGUAUUGUACCUAUUUCCACUUUUUUAAGAUAAUCAAUAAAGACUGAAAAUAUUUUUA